AUGCGAGACAUUUGUGCAACGGACGAGGAACGAAUGACGGCCAUAGAAGCUCACAAAUACAUUGAAACUGCCUUUGCAGGUUCCGAAAUAAAAGUUGGACUUGUCGACAUGGAUCCCAAUGUAUACCGAAUGAUCGCUGCUGUGAACCGUGCUGUAAAAGCUCUGCAACUGCUGCAGCCCAAAUCGUUGAACGCCCACGGCAAAAUGGCAUUCGUGCGCAACGGCCUGGGUGCCGAUAUGUACCUUAAUGACGAAAUCAUCUUAUCCAAAGGGGGCGCCCGUAACCGAAUCGGAAAUACUGAUGCGGAGGGCCGCAACGUCAUGGUGGACCUGAUCACAGACUCC